GCACGCGACGCUCUCCUUCUAACCUACAGUGCGGCCAUGGAUGUCGAGGAGCAACCUUCGCCCAACCCCACUAACGUUAAAUGCUUCGGCCUCAAAAAUUCGAUUCAAACUAACUUCGGUGAUGACUAUGUUUUCCAAAUUGUCCCAAAGGAUGAUUGGAGUGCAAUGGCGGUGUCACUGUCAACGAACGCGGUGAAACUGUAUUCGCCUGUGGCGGGUCAAUAUUAUGGAGAGUGCAAGGGUCACUCUGCAACCAUCAAUCAGAUUUCUUUUUCGGGUCCUUCAAAUCCCCAUGUUUUGUGUUCGUGUUCUUCUGAUGGCACUAUUAGAGCUUGGGACACACGGACAUUUCAGCAGGUUUCUUCCAUCAUUGCUGGUUCUUCUCAGGAGGUUUUCAGCUUCUGUCUUGGAGGGACUAGUGGAAAUUUAGUUGCCGCCGGGUGUAAAUCGCAGAUACUGUUCUGGGAUUGGAGAAAUAUGAAGCAAAUUGCAUGCCUGGAGGACUCUCAUGUUGAUGAUGUCACUCAGGUUCAUUUUGUCCCUAAUGACCAAGGCAAGCUUAUUUCUGCUUCAGAAGAUGGGUUGAUCUGUACAUUUGAUACUGCCGGAGAUAUCAAUGAUGAUGAUCAUCUAGAAUCAGUGAUUAAUAUGGGGACUUCAAUUGCAAAGGUGGGGAUUUUUGGAGAGAAUUACCAGAAGCUUUGGUGUUUAACACAUAUUGAAACCCUGGGUAUCUGGAACUGGAAAGAUGGUAGAAAUGAAGGAAACUUCUCAGAUGCUCGUACUUUAGCUUCAGAAAGUUGGAAUUUGGAUCACGUUGACUAUUUCAUUGAUUGUCAAUACUCCAGAGAAGCUGAUAAACUAUGGGUGAUUGGUGGCACUAAUGCUGGUACUAUGGGCUACUUCCCUGUAAAUUACGAAGGAGUGGCAACAAUUGGAGCUGCAGAAGCAAUUCUUGAAGGUGGCCAUACAAGUGUUAUUAGGAGUAUUUUACCCAUGUCAAAAUUUCAUAGUGGGCCAACUAAUAGUCCUAGCCAAGGCAUUUUUGGAUGGACGGGUGGGGAAGAUGGUCGGUUAUGUUGUUGGCUCUCUGAUGAUUCCUCUGAAUCAAAUCAAUCUUGGAUUUCAAGCACAUUGGUUAUGAAGCCAGAAAGAACUCGCAAGAAAAAUCGUCAUCACCCCUAUUAGCAAAUAGCAUGCAGAGCCAUUAACUUCAUUAGUUCAAUGACGAAGGAGCUUUUUUUUUGUUUUAUUUGCCAAUAGUUUAAUUUUUCACCACAACAUGGGUCGAGGUGUUGGAUUUUGAUAAACAUUAUUUGUUUGUAGUCAGAUAUGUCCUCACCACUUGUAAUAUUUGUACGUGGCCAUUUUUAUAUAGCUCUUUUUUGUUUUUACUAAAAUAUACAGAACACUUGAUUUGUUUUGUAAUAUUGUAUCUGUGUGUAGUGUCGUUUUUA